CCUGAGCACUUAUUUCGGCUGCGCACAGAUUUGGCUUGACACCGGACACAUUUAAGAGUAACACGAGAAGUCCAAGUAUGCGGAAGUGUUUGUUUUGGUGUCACUUAAGUGUUCUCCAUUGUCUAUUGUCUCCUUGUCACACGGCGGUGGUUUGACUUGCUAAGAUGGCGAGUAAACAGUCGCUGCCCUUUUAAGUCCACCACACCCUCAGGUUUGUUCGUUCGCUUGCUUGUUUUGUCAGCGCGUUGGUUUUAUAGCAAGUGCCAUUGUUUGACACGUCUUCAUUCUCCGCUCGCUCCGGCCGAGUGACUCGUCUUCUUCCUGACACGCAAACAUCGCGUCCACAAUGUGUCAUCUUCAGCUGAGGACUCUGCUUUUUGGCGCCUGGCUGUUGGCUUACGUCACCUUUCUGCUCUCCAUCAGGAGAAUGUGGACCAUCAGGCACUCUCGGAGUCCACUGGCACGCACACUCUUUGCGAACAUGUUGAACGAAGGUGAGGGAACUGCACUGGAGACUCACCAGUGGUACCACUGCAGUCCUGAUCUACUGGGUGAAUCUGUGCGACCCCGGUUUGUUCAGAGCCAUCUGGACUUGGGCACAACGGCUUUCCUCAAGCAGAGCGUGGAGAAGUCUACUUGGCUGUUCACUCAACUCUACCAUUCCUUUGUAUCAACUGUUCUCUCGCCUGUGGUCUCACGUACCUCCAUCAAUGGGUUUCUGGGUCGCGGCUCCAUGUUUGUGUUUUCUGUGGAGCAGUUUCAGCGACUUCUCAACAUAGACCCCGACUGGAAGGCCCCAAGACUCCUGGACCUUGGUGCAGGUGAUGGUGCCGUUACAGAAAUGAUGCGAGGCCACUUCCAAGAGGUCUAUGCCACUGAGAUCUCGCCACCAAUGAAAUGGCAUCUUCAAAGGAGGAAUUUCAGAUUACUGGGUAUAGACGAGUGGCAGCAGAGUGGGCUUCAAUUCGAUGUGAUCAGUUGUCUAAACCUGCUGGACCGCUGCGACGAUCCUUUGCUUCUCUUGCGGGCCAUCCGGCGAUCACUCGUUCCGCACACGGGACGACUCAUCCUGGCAACUGUUCUUCCUUUCCAGGCUUGGGUGGAAAUCGGAGGGACAUGGCAGCGUCCCAAAGAACACCUGAUCAUACACGGGAAGACGUGGGAGGAGCAAGUCACCAUCCUGACACAUGACCUUUUCCAAAUGGAGGGCUUUGAAGUGGAGGCAGUGAGCCGCUUGCCGUACCUCUGUGAAGGGGAUAUGUAUGAGGAUUACUAUGUUCUGGAUGAUGCAGUGUUUGUCCUGAAGGCCUCAGUCACAACUGAAACAUCACAUCAAUGAUGAACAAAAGCAGCAAUUUUGUCAAAAUCAACUCUCCCUGGGUUGGUAGCCAUUGAAAGAACUGACUCAUUGUUUAUUUAUCUCGAAGGAGCUCAGGUUUUACAUUGUCAAAUUGUUGUGUGUGUGCCUGUUUGCAGAAAGUUGUGGUUCUUUAAGUAUGCGGUUUCUUACACUGCAUCAAAUGUGAAAUUAAAAAUGUAUGUAUACAUUUUGUAAAGCCAAUUUGGAAUCAACAAAUAUUCGUUAUUUUAAUGUUUUUACGUGAUUUAUUCUGUACUGUAUAGUGUACACAUGUAAAGACAUAAAUCAAUCACUCUGGCGUCUAGAAUAAUAAUGUGAGCCAAGUCGAGUAUCAAAGUAUCUUCCAUCCAUCCAUCCAUCCAUCCAUCCAUCUUCUUCCACUUAUCUGAGGUCGGGUCGUGGGGGCAGCAGCCUAAGCAGGGAAGUCUGGGCUUCCCUCUCCCCAGCCACUUCGUCUAGCUCUUCCCGGGGGAUCCUGAGGCGUUCCCAGGCCAGCCAGGAGACGUAGUCUUCCCAACGUGUCCUGGGUCUUCCCCGUGGCCUCCUACCGGUUGGACGUGCCCUAAACACCUCCCUCUGGAGGCGUUCGGGUGGCAUCCUGACCAGAUGCCCGAACCACCUCAGCACAUAAUGGGGACAUAUGGGGUCCAAGACUUAAGUGUCUUUGAGGUGUCUUUUUUUAAUACUUAUGUGAAAAUGUUUUCCUUUUUUAUAGCGUUAUGUGAAUGUCUGUUGUCACUGCACAAUGCUGCAUUAAAUCAUGCCAAAAAAUGGUGAAUAUUUGUGUUAAAAGAGUACAUUAAGUUCCCAAAUAAAAAGCUCUUUACAUUUUGCAA